CAAGGCUGAUCUCCUCUAAAGCUACACCUCUCCCCUCCACCAGCUGCCCUCCCAUUUCUGCUUCCUCUUUCAGUUCAAGAAGAAAGAGUAAAGAAACUGGAGUGAAUGAUACCAAAGGCGUAACAGAAACGGAAAGACAGAAUAUGGCCCAAUUAUAUCAUGAUGCCUCCAUUAAUGGAGUAGCAGCUGAUGGAGUAGUGCCGCAGAAUACCCCAGUUUUUGAUGAAGGUAAUGAAGAGCAGUUGGAAGAAUUCUUGGGUGACAAUGCAGAUUAUAAUGAGGAAGCUGAAGAGAAGAGGUACUAUAGACGGAAGAGAUUUCUGACAGUAAAAAGCGUUAUAUCUGCAAGUCUGGGAGCUGCCAUGACAUAUGGAGUUUACCUAGGGCUACUUGAGAUGCAGCUGAUUUUACAUUAUGAUGAAACUUACAGAGAAGUUAAAUAUGGUAACAUGGGACUGCAGGAUAUUGAUAACAAGAUGCUGAUGGGCAUUAAUGUCACCCCAAUUGCUGCUCUGUUAUAUACUCCUGUUCUUAUCAGAUACUUUGGUACAAAAUGGAUGCUGUUUCUAUCCACUGGAAUCUAUGCUUUGUUUGUCUCCACCAACUACUGGGAAAGAUACUACACACUUGUCCCUUCUGCUACAGUCAUUGGUGCCAUGAUUGUCCCCUUCUGGGCAUCUAUAGGCAAUUACAUAACCAGAAUGGCUCAAAGACAUUAUGAGUUUGUCAAUUAUAAAGAGGAGAACAUGCGAGAACAGCGCAGGCUUCCACGAGGAGCAAGCCAUAAGUACAUCAUUAUAUUUCAGAGCAUUUUUUUCUCUAUCUUCCAUUUGUGCUUUAUCUUAUCCCAGUUCCCAGUCUACUUUUUCCUAAGCAAAUUCUUAUAUGGAUAUAACCACACAUUAUGUGAUGUCAAGCAGUGUGGUGCAUCCAUCCCAGGUGGACUUCUUCCAGGGUUUAACGUGACUGUCCUACAUUCUUUGCCUUCCAGCGUGAAUCUUAUCUAUAUUGAAAGUGCUCUCAUGUUGGUAGCUCUGUCAUCUAUGUUACUGAUCCUGAUCCUCUGUGGUUCUGCAUAUAGGCCAACCGAAGAGAUUGACCUCCGUAGUAUAGGAUGGGGUAAUAUUUUCCAGUUACCCUUUAAACAUGCCAGAGACUAUCGCCUGCGCUGUUUAGCGCCCUACUUCAUUUACACCGGAUUUGAGGUUUUGUUUGCCUGCACUGGGUUUGCUUUGGGUUAUGGGGUAUGCUCUACUGGACUGGAAAAUCUUCCUUAUAUCCUAACAGCUUAUGGUCUAUCAUGCUGUGUCUUCUCUUCUCUUGGACUUUCUUUGCUCCGCCUUCCUCGACAAAUCCCAUUGACAGCUGGACCAUUACUCCAUUCCUGUCUUCUGAUUGGGCUGUUUUUCUGGAGUCCAACACCAAGGGAUCAGUCACAGAGUCCCCUGCUGUAUUUGGUGGCUGUCCUAUGGGGUAUUGGCAGUGCCUUGAAUAAGACAAGUGUCAGCAUUAUAAUAGGCAUGUUUUAUGAGGACAAAGGACGUCAAGAUUUUGUGUUCACCAUCUACCACUGGCUCCAAGCACUUGCUAUAUUUAUUGUAUAUCUCUGGUCUGGAUUACCCAUGAUGGCUAAACUGGGAUUGGUGUUGGCCUCUGCCUUGGUAUCAGUCCUUUCCUACCUAUGGAUGGAGCAUAAGAUUAGCCUGAAGGUGCAACCUCGAAUCCCUAAGAUUCCCUCCCCACGACACAAAGUCAAAGGCUACCGUUAUCUGGAAGAAGAUAAUUCUGAUGAAUCUGAAGAGGAGGAAAAUGACAGUGAAAUAGACAGGGGCGAGAGUGAAGAAGAGGACUACAGAGAGCAGCCACUCCAGAGGCGAAGAAAACACAAAAAAGGGAGCUGUUAUGAGCAAGCUGUUGAGGAGGAGUGAUGUAGGCAGGCAUGGGCACACACUUUGUACAUUGACCUUGCCACUAAAUAAGUGCAUCCACAUUUUGUUAUAUUCUUUCAUAUUUCUCAGAUGUGGCCUUUACUAUGCAGGUUUGUAGAUGUGUAUCAUGCAAUUUGCAUUUUGUGUGUGUUUUAAUUAAUUGUUUGGAAUUUAGGAGAGAAAGAAACUCAAUAGAGAACGGGAUGGUGGGAUUGGUAUGGGGCACAAGGCAAAAUUAAGACCUUGCAGAAACAGGGACAUAGUAUGACCAUGGUAAAGUGAACAUAACCUCUUCGUUGAGUGUGUAAUAUAGGUUGAUGAGGUAGAACCUUAAAGGAGUACUCCACUGCAAAACAUUUUUUUUAAAUCAACUGGUGCCAGAAAGUUAAACAGAUU